GGACGAUGAAGGUAAGGGGGCAGCGAGAGGAGCAAAGGAAGACUGUCGUGUGGAUCUUUGAGAGCCCCCUGUGUUUGUGCACGUAUCUACACUCAUGCUUCACUCUGAGUUGCUGGUGGCCCUUCUUCCUCCUUGAUCUGUCCAUCUGAGCAUCGAACGAGGUGAGCAGCACACAGAUCUGUGAGCAGCACGCUCGAUGAACAUAAUCCUCUGUGGGCUCUGUCGCUCUGUGCAGCCUCUCGUCGAGCGCCUCACUCAUCUGACCGUCUUGGCCCAUCCAUCCCAUGCAGCACCACGAGCAGCAGCAGCACCCCGUGUCAUAUGUGUGUGUGGGCCGGGCCGGAGGAACCGCUACCUCCUCAGCGUCAAGGACGUCGUGCGGCUGAGGGCCACCUGCACAUGGCUCAGAGAGCUCUUCGGAGCGGCCCAGCUGAGAGAUCGGCUCAGCUACUCGCUGGGCUCACAGGCGGGGCUGCGGCGGGCGGUGAAUGGGCAGCAAGUGCAGCUGCUGCGGUUCGACGACGACCAGUUCGGCACACAUGAUCUGCUGGCGGCUGUGUGUGUGGUGGAGGAGGGGGACUGGGGCGAGAUGGCUGAAGUGAUUGAGCUGGCGGAGCAGUGCGGCAACUGUGAGCUGCCUGUGACCCUCAGUGGGGCUGACAUCAACACACACGCAAACAGAACGGUGAGCCAGCAAACACACGGGAAGGGAGGGGCGGGGAGGGCCUCAUUUUCUCUGUCUGUGGUGUGUGGUCCUGUGUGUGUAGGCGUAUAUGUCGGCUCCCCGUGUAUUGGCGCAGCUCAAGAUGGUCGGCCGCCACGUCCAGUUCAGUGACGGCAGCUGCCUGCAGCUGUUCCACUAUGGCAAUCAGUGGCGGGUCAUCCUCGACGAGCCCGGCUUCCGCCUGCAGGUCGACGCGCCUCUCCCUACUGGUCACCUGUACCGACGGCACAGACAGCGACACGACCCACCAGUGCGGAACAGCAUCAGCAUCGUCUACUGGACCACUCCAGAUGGGUAUCGGGCCCGAUGGGUGUCCAGCGGUGGCGGCCAGGAGCGCAUUGAUGCGUCAGUAUCGUCGUUUGCCAAGUAUCUAAUCCUCUACCAGUUCAGCGGGACUCAGCAGAUCAACAUCGAAUUGGCUCUACUCAGCGGGAUGCGCACAGUACAAGUCGUUUAUUGGUAUCUGUCUCUUCAGGGAUGUCAUUGGCGGUCGUCUGGAUGGCCUGCUGACCGAGUCGCCCCACGCACCAGUGGCCGGCUGUACGAGCACAGUGAGCUGGGACGGUGGUGUGCGACGACUGGUGUUCACUGACGGCAGCCACCCAUUCGUCGCAUCGAUUGAUAUCGUAGAUCUAAGAAACACCGGUCAGAAUGACGUUCAGAAUGAAAGACAACCAGCUGUGGUGGUCAAAUGUGAUUGACUUUCCUUAUGCGUGCAGUGAGUCUUCUCCUCAGAACGACUGGCUUGCUCGCGUGGCAUUGGGGGCGGUGGCGGUACUCGUAUUCGACGGACGAAUAGUAUUCGACGCACAUGUACAGCAGCAGCAACAGCAACAGCAGCAGCAACAGCAACAGCAACAGCAACAGUAGCAGCAGCAGCAGGACGAUGACAAUGACAAUGAUAAUAGUAUAUAUACAUGGGUACAUUCAAAUAUUCAUCGGAUAUCAUCGGAUAGAUAGAAGACGUCCCAUGUAAGUGUGUAUAAUGUAUGUGGCAUAGAUUCGGACGAUGGUCUGGGUGUGUGCAGAUGCCGACGAUGGCAGCGGCGAUGAUGUGAGUGACAAUAUGAAUGACGAGCUGCUGCUGCUGCGUGACCCAAUGGCUCUCAUGGCAUAUCUCAUGAAUGGCUGUCUCUGGCUGUGGCUGUGGCUGUGUGUGUGAGUGUGACUGCAUCUGGUGCGGUCUGGUCCGCUGCUGGCCGAUUUUGAUGGGAUGCUCCGGCCGAUGUGUGAGUGUGUUAGGCUGCCUGGCUGAGUCACGUGCCAGCCAUAACCCUCUUUCUCUCGAUGACUGUGUGGUGGAGUGUGUCUGCAAGUGUGCGCCGCGGGUGACAGCCGUGGAGUGACCGAGUCGACUUAAUGAAUUACUUGCACACACAAAUGGUCCGGUUCUUUAGGCUCACCACAUAGACAGACACAGAGAGAUAGAGAGAUGCCGCCAACAUCAGACAUACCACUAAUGCUGGCAGCAAGUAUCUAAGGUGUCCCACCACAGCUCCACUUGUGAAUGACAAGAAUCCGCUCUUUGUGUUGUGUGUGGGGUGGAAGAGAGAGAGAAUGUUUUGUCUUCUAUCUGUUAUCGUGUCUUGAGGUUUGCCUGCCUGUGUGUCUCUCUCCUCUCUCUCUCUCUCUCUCUGUGCAUCUCAAUCCUUGUCUGGCAACUCAAAAUGGCACCUCAAGAGUAUCAGCACACGAAACGUCUUAACGCGUUUUGCUUUCCGGGUGAUAACAAAGAUGCGGACAAGGGGGGGUGGAUGAGUGAAUGAAUAGAUACACACACCGGCUACCCCUCUUUCUGCCCUCUCUCUGUAUACCCAGAUAUAUGCGCAUAUGCAUGAAUGGAUGGAUGGAUGGAUGGAAGUGUCGAUUUGUGGAUGUGUAUCGUUCUGUGCCUCUCUCUGGGGGGGAAACUGUCAUUAACCGUAACACUCGUCUGUGUGUCCGUGAUACUCAUACAAAUACAGUCCCAUCAGCACGCAGACUCAAACAGGCUCAAGGGGAGGAGUUUAGUGCCUCUCUCUGUCGUGUGAGUGAAUGACUGAUGCAUUCGUAAAUGAAUCGACGGUGGAUGUGUAUGUGUGACACGUUCUGACACAUGUCUGACACACAUAUUUGGGAAAGAGCGAGGGAGAAGGGUCUGUUUGUUUGCUUCGCUGUUGAUGUGCAUCGAAUGUAAGUGUGCUGACUGUUACCGGAUCAUUGGCUGGUCGCUGGUCACCCAACACGGUGUUCAUUUUCACUCACUCACUAUGUGCAGUGGCCAUUAAGCGUAUGACAGACACAGGGUUUAGGGUUUAGGGUUUUAGGGUCUGGGGUUUAGGGUUUAGCGGUUAGGUUUAGGGUUUAGGGUCUAGGGCUUUAGGGUUUAGGGUGUUUAGGGUUUAGGGUUUAGGGUUUAGGGUUUAGGGUUUAGGGUUUAGGGUUUAGGGUUUAGGGUUUAGGGUUU